AUGGAGAAUCAUUUGAUGGAUGAAAAUAGGACAAUAUACCCUUUUCCCAUGGGUAUGCAUGUUCUAGUUGUUGACGAUGAUCAGUUUUGUCUUAAAGUGUUGGAGAACAUGCUUCGCAAAUGCGAGUAUCGUGUUACUACAACUACUCAAUCAACUGAGGCGCUAGAAAUGUUGAGGGAAAAUAGAAAUAAAUUUGACCUUAUUAUUACUAACGUAAAUAUGCCACACAUGGAUGGAUUUAAGCUCCUUGAGAUAGUGGGACUUGAAAUGGACAUACCAGUCAUCUUGUUGUCAGAAUACAGUGACAAAGAGCAAGUGAAGAAAGGUGUUAUACAUGGCGCAUGUGACUAUUUAAUUAAACCUCCUCGAAUUGAAGUGCUGCAGAACAUAUGGCAACAUGUGGUGCGAAGAAAGAUUAAUUGCAAGGAUCAGAAUAAGUCCCCAAAUGAGGAGAAAUCCUGCAAUAUAGACAGGGAAGGCAGUCAAGGCAUUUCAUUAGAAAAUAAUGUUGACCAUGAUAAAAUAUUGGGUCAAAAAAGGAAGGAACCAAGUGAGGAAGAAGAAGAAGAUGAAGAAGAUAAUGAAAAAGAGACUGUAGAAGCUUCAACUAAAAAGAGGCCUCGUUUAAAUUGGAAUACUAAUUUGCAUACAAAAUUUCUUGUUGCAGUUAAUCAAUUGGGCGUUAAUAAAGCUGUUCCUAAGAAAAUACUUCACUUGAUGAAUGUUGAAGGUCUUACAAGAGAAAAUAUUGCAAGCCAUCUACAGAAAUAUAGACUUGCCCUUAAGAAGGAAACUCAACAAGCUAGCACAAUUCUUGCAUUUGGUCGUAGUAAUCCUCACAUGCAGAUGAGUUCAAUAGAUACAUAUGGAGAUUUUAGCACAUCGUCUGUAUCAGGAAGAAUCUUAAACACUACACAACCUUUAAAUGCAUUGGGUGGAAAUUUCUGUAACCUGAACUCCCCAUCUGGCUUGAACUGGAGAGAAAUUAGUUCCUCUACGCUAAUCCAGCCUGUUCAGUCACAAAAUAUAAAUAGCUCCAUCAAAACACUUGGAAACAUCCAGUUGCCCAAGUUUUCUACAAAUCAAAGCUCAAGUUUAUCACAUGGCAUUCCGAAAUCAAAUGAGCUUAACCAAUUCAAGCAGUGCAACUGUACAACUAGUAUUAGGCAAUUUAAUCCAAUUAGUGGGUUAAGUGAAUUUAUGGGUUCAUCUGACUUUCAUGACAACUCUUCUCCUUCUGGUGAGGUUUUAUACAAUGAUAAACAACCUCAUAAUAGCUUGAAUUUUUCCUCCUCGGCUUAUCAUACAGACAACAAUCUAGUUGAUUUUUCUUCCACAAGUGAUGUUGCAAUUCCUUUGGAGGAUGCUAAAAGAAGGAAGCUGCAUUGCCAAUUGAAUGAGGACCCUAGUUCAUUGGGGCAUAGUUUAGACCAAAAUAAUACAGUUUGCAGCAAGAGAAUUAAUGCAUCAUUGGUUGUCCAAUCGAAUGAGGCUACUCCAUUAAUCACUCAUUCUGCAGAAGUUGAGAAAUUCUAUUUUGAGGAAAGAAUAAUGUCAAAUGAUGCCUACAUUUCGCAGCGAACAAUGCCCCAAGAAGAACCUGUUGAGGAGGAUAUUUUUGGGUCUUUGGAUGAUAUAAAUAAUGGUAGGAUCUAA